AAUACAGUGUAGCAACAAACCUUUCCGGAAAUAACAUAUGUUUGAGUCAAUGCGGUCCCAAACUUUCAAGUCAAGAUCGAGACCGGCCAUUUUACAAUACCCUGUUGUUGGAUUAUUCAUAUUUCAAAAUUAAAUUUGUAAUUAAUGUCAGAACCACAGUCAGCUCUCCUAUUAAGAAAACAGCUAGCAGAAUUAAACAAAAAUCCUGUAGAGGGUUUUUCUGCAGGCCUUAUAGAUGAUAACGAUAUUUACAGAUGGGAAGUACUGAUAAUAGGUCCUCCGGAUACCCUCUACGAAGGAGGAUUCUUCAAAUGUCACCUAUAUUUUCCAAAAGAAUAUCCAUUGAGGCCGCCUAAAAUGAAAUUUGUUACAGAAAUUUGGCAUCCCAACAUUGAUAAAAAUGGUGAUGUUUGUAUUUCAAUACUCCACGAGCCCGGAGACGACAAAUUCGGUUAUGAAAAAGCCUCGGAAAGGUGGUUACCAGUACAUACAGUAGAAACUAUUUUAAUAUCAGUUAUAUCAAUGUUAGCCGAUCCUAAUGAUGAAUCACCUGCCAAUGUCGAUGCCGCGAAAGAAUGGAGGGAAUCAUAUUCGGAAUUCAAACGGAAAGUAGCGAGAUGUGUCCGGAAGUCACAGGAACAAGAGGAAUGUUAGUAUAAUGACUGUGUAUUAAAAUUAUAAACAAUUAAUUAAUAAAAAAACAAACAUCUUAUUUAAAGAUUUGAUUCUCGUGUUGUUAAAAUUUUGUAUGUAGAUUUUUUAUACGCGAUCUUUAAUAAUUUAAAAAAAUAAUAAAUUUUAACUUUGUCGCGAAUCAAAUCUCACAUAUAUGAUUUAAUUAAUUUUUUUUUGUAUUGUUUGUACGAUCUCGUCGACAACAGCUGAGAUAAAUAUAUAUAUAUUUUUUUUUUAAUUAAAAAUAUUCAAAUAAAUAACAUGUUCAUAUAUAUAUACACGAGAUUUUUGCAUUUUAAUCUGUUUAUUUAUGUUUUUUAUGAACCGGAAGUAUAUAUCUGAAAGGAAAAGAAGAAUUUUUAUUAUAAAAAAAAUUUUUUAGUAGUCGGUUCCAAAAUGAAUAGUAGGGAUGAGAUUUUAACAAAUUUUUCACCCUGUGGAAUUAAUUUAGAAUAUGAAAAAUUGAAAAUUCCAAUAUUUUAUUUCGAUUAAUUUUUCUAGAAAUUUAUUAAAAAUUUUUUGAAUCCGAAUUUUAAAACCUGCAGAUUUAUAAUAAUUCACGUGAUUUACAAAAAUUUAAAAUUAGAAUGAAAUUGUCGAUAUUUCAAUGAAAAUUUUAAUUUUUGAUUGAAAAAAAUUACAUUUUCACUCGUAUAAUGAAAAAAAAUAUAUUCAUUGAUUCUUAUUAAUCAUUAAAUGAUUCUUUUUAUUCAUUUGUAUCGCCCUGUAUUCAAAUCUCACAUCCUCUGAACCAAUUAUCUAGACUUCUUUAUUUGUCUCACCCUGUAUUCCAUCCUGUCUGGAAAAAGACGUUUGGCAAACGAGAAAUUUCAAUAUUUCAAUAAAAAAAUUGACUUUUGUUGAAAAAAUUUUUUCCUACUGUCAUAUAAAAGAAAUAAUAUAAAAAAUUUAAUAAUUCAUCUGCUAACAUCAUCAAUAGAGUGAGCCAAAAAAAAUUAUUGAAAAAAUCAAUUUAUUUUUGAAGUAUAGACAUUUAUACCAACGUUCUUCUUCCAAUUCGAUAAAAAAAGAAGACAGGAUCGAAUACAGGGGGAGACAAAUAGAUAAGUCUGAUUGAUGAUUAGGGUUGGUCAAAAAAAAUUUUUUUAGCUACGACGAAAAUAUCGACCAAGAUGACGAAAAGAAAAUGCUGGUAAAGUUUGAACUUUUAAUACCAAUAUUUAGAGGUAUAGCAUCGUGAUUUUUGAUUUCUCAUUUACAUUACAUGGGAAAUUUUUUUUUUUCAAAUUUUAAUGUAUUUCAACGAAUAUUAUGUAGUAAAAAGAAAUAGAUAUUUUUGUAUAAAAGAUACGGCCUAAAAAAAUUUGUUUUCUCCACUUUAAUCAUCAGUGUAUUCAAAAUUUUUACAUCUUCCGAAUCAUUCAUCAAUAUUUGUGCAUUCGUCUCACUCUGUAUUCGAUCCUGUAUUUUUAUUUUUCAUCUUGUUAAGAGAAAAAACGUUUAGAAAAUAAGAAGAAAUUUCAAUAUUUCGAAAAAAAAAUUAAUCUACGUAACCCUGUAUUCAAUUUUUAUAUCUUCUAUGAACACUUAUCCACUUGCUACACACGGUAUUCAAAUUUUUGCAUCUUCUGAGUCAUUUAUCAAGAUUUGUCCAUUUGCCUCCCAAAAAAGUUUGGGAAAUGAGAAAAAAAAUAAUUUUUGGUACAAAAAUUCAUAUCUUCGCUCAUAUAAUGAAAAAAUAUUCAGAAAAGCUCAAUAAUUUAUCUAUUAUCAAGUUUUAUAUCUUCAAUCAAGAUUUUAAUAGUAACAAAACCUGUUUAAACUGAUUUCUAGUUCCUACCAGUACUGUACUUGAAGUUAGUACUUAUCUUCUUCAAUUGUUCUUUUAUAUUUUCAAGUAUCUCUGAAAGAUUCCAUUACAGUUUCUCCUGUAACCAUUAUUUCACUUCUACAGUUUUUCCUUUCUAAUUCUCUAUUUCCUCACUUUCUUCUGAGUCUACCUAAUCUCUUGAUAUUACUUCCCGUUUUCAUCCCCGUUCUUUAGUCUAUUUCCAUUCUUUGAAUAUCUCAUUAUAACUGUCUUUUUCAUUAUUUUUUUUUUAUUUCUUCUUCAUUCG